AUAUGGCCUCGGAUGCGGCUUCAGUAUUUGUGCCAUCGGCGAAAGCCUGCGAAGAUACCUUUACGUCCGACCUGUUUCUCUCACUCUUCGCCUUCGCCCUCGGUUACUUCGUUUUCUCCCCGCAGUGCCGUCCAGUAACCGCGCGUGUGCUGCGGGCGUGCUGCGAGAUUGUCGCCGCCCUGCUGAGCAUCAACAUGAGCGCGAUGCUCGAGAGCGCGCAGCUGGAGUCCAAGCUGCCCUCCAAGGAGGCUCCACCAGCGCCCAGUCCACAGAUGAUGGCCUGGACGUCGCGCAGCAGCGAGGGCGCAGGGUCGGCGCGCUGA